ACUCAGUAGACGAGCACUUUAUCCGUAUGAAAGCACUUUUCGUUUGCACUUAGCGAAGUUAUCGUUUAGUUACCUUUCGUGGCCGCCAUACGUGUGGCCCCAUACUACUGUGGGGAUGACUAGUUUAUAGAAGGCUGUAUUUUAUUAAAGUUACGGUCCUGCUUGUGUUUAGUGUUCAUUACUCGCAGACACGGGCUUCCCUGCAUUUUCGCAAGGUGCUUGCGCACGAGGUCUUUGAAGGGAACAUGUCCAGUGGGAAAUAUGCACCUGUGGCCGAAAACUCCUCAUCGACUCUACAAGGAUGUCUGGAGGAGUGUAUGGAAGCCCUGGAUCUUUUUCUCAACAACCACUUCAGCGAAAGCUUGGACAAGCUAAGACCACGUGCCAAGGACAGCAUGUACCAUGCACUCAUCUAUGCCACAGUGUUGGAGAUGCAGGCCAUGAUGACUUUCGAACAUGAAGACAUCGCAAACGCAGGAAGCACCAUGAAACAUGCGCAGGAGGUCUGCCAAAGGUUUCGUCGAAAGUCUGGCGCACUGGGGAGCAAGUCGGCUGGAGACAGUUUGUCUGAGGAGGGACUCCAUGCUGAGGUGUGCUACGCUGAGUGCCUUUUACAGAGAGCUGCUCUUACAUUUCUGCAGGACGAGAACAUGGUGAACUUUAUCAAAGGAGGAAUCAAAGUGCGCAACAGCUACCUCAUAUACAAAGAGCUGCACACUUUUGUCCAAUCACGUGGCACCACAGGGCCCAACCACGCCCAGCUAGAAGGAGGCCUGUCCUUUGGUAUCGGCGCUUUUAAUUUGACCCUGUCAUUAUUUCCUCCACGUGUCCUCAAAAUCCUAGAGUUUGCUGGCUUCUCGGGUGACAAGGUGUAUGGCUUAUCACAGCUCCACCAGGGGGCGCUCUCAAACAACCUGCGCUCCAUGCUGAGUGCUCUGCUUCUACUCUGCUACUACACAUUCCUCUCCUUCAUACUGGGGACCGGGGAGGCGGACGUGGCCGAGGCCGAGGCCCUGCUGAAGCCGUUUCGCCUGCGCUAUCCGAGGGGUGCCAUUUUUCUCUUCUUUGCGGGCAGAGCAGAGGAGAUCAAGGGGAACAUUGAUGAGGCGGUGGCACUGUUUGAAGAUGGCUGCAAGGCCCAGCAGGCUUGGAAGCAGUUCCACCACAUGUGCUACUGGGAGCUGAUGUGGUGCUUCACCUACAAGCGCUUGUGGAAGAUGGCCUACUUCUACGCAGACCUCCUGAGUCAGGAAAGCCGAUGGUCCAAGGCAAUGUAUGUGUACAUGAAGGCGGCCUGCCUCAGCAUGCUGCCUAACAGUGAGGCCAGACCCUUCGGGGAGAACGAGGCGGACCUCUUCAGACAGGUGCCUUCCUUCAAGCAGAAAAUAGCAGGCAAGUCUCCACCGACGGAAAAGUUUGCCAUUCGCAAAGCUCGACGCUACAAAGCCAGCUGUCCCGUACGGUUGCAAGUGCCAGUUCUGGAAAUGAUGUACAUGUGGAAUGGCUUUGCGAUGAUCAGCAAGCGGCCCGAGCUCACUGAGGGCAUGAUGGAGACUCUCCUGGCGGCUGAGCGCUCUCUACAGGAGGCACCUGCAAAUGAAUACAUAUUAGAUGACACUUGUGUCAUUCAGCUGCUGAAGGGACUUUGCUUGAAGAACCAGGGCAAACUUCAGGCAGCAGAGGAAUGCUUCAACACAGUGUACAUGAAUGAGAAGAAGCUCAAGUUUGACCACUACCUGGUUCCCAAUGCUUUGCUGGAGCUGGGGCUUCUCUAUAUUAAUCUUGGACGGCGAGAGGAGGCGAUCAAGAUACUGCAAAAGGCAAAACACAACUACAAAGAAUAUUCCAUGGAGUCCCGCACCCACUUCCGCAUCCACGCUGCCCUCUCUAAACUGAAAGCUGACACAAAUGACCAGGGAGAGACAACUGCACUAUAAUCAGAUGGCAGGGCACAUCAGGGAAACAACGGCUCUUUUCAAAACAUUUUCCAGAGUUCAGUCAUAACAAUCCAGUCUCAGGUGGUUUAGUGAUAAGAAGCAUGCUCUCCACAAACAGGAUACUCCACUCUUCAAGGAUGGCAUUUUGUUUAACAGUUACAUCCCUCCCAAAGGGACAGCAAUUUAUUUUUUUAUAUAUAUUUAAAUGUCCCUGAAGAGCAGUGGAUGGAAGACUUAUGUGAAAUUUUAAACUGAAAUUGUGUCAAGUUACUUAACGCCAUGUUUAAGUCUUGAUGUCUUACAUUGCAUUAUGUUUAGUGCACUUCACUACAUGACAAGUACAUUUUAAUGUCACUUUAGUAUUUUAUCACGGCACGAAUCAAUGUGCACAUCUAUUUUAGCAUCGGUGGUCUUUAUCUAGAGGUGAACAAGCGGACAAGUGUCAGCCAAUGUGAAAAUCAACAUUCAGGAAAGCUGUGAAAACAGCAAUGCAUCGAAGAGACUUCUAUACUCUUUGUUUGCACUGGCUUAACUAUUUUAAGCGGCCUUGCCGUGUUCAAUUUGUGUUCCACUCUUCUCUUUUGAGCGAAGAAACCCUUACAGAUAAUUGUAUAAUUUUAGACCUUAAAUUAUAUUACACAUCCUUAUAUAAUAAAAGCAUAUAUUCUA